GAAGCUCGCCAUGGCCAGCGCGGGGCUGCAGCUGGUGGGCUACUUCCUGGCGCUGGCCGGCUGGGUGGGCGCCAUCUGCUCGUCGGCGCUGCCGCAGUGGAAGCAGAGCUCGUACGCCGGGGACGCCAUCAUCACGGCCGUGGGGCUGUACGAGGGCCUGUGGAUGAGCUGCGCUUCGCAGAGCACCGGGCAAGUCCAGUGCAAACUCCACGAGUCGCUGCUGUCGCUCGACGUUCAUAUCCAGACUUCGCGGGCCCUCAUGGUUGUUUCUAUACUCCUGGGCUUCGUGGGGGUUGUCGUCAGUGUAAUUGGAAUGGAGUGCACCAAAGUUGGGGAUGAGAAUCCUGUGGCCAAAAGCUGGAUUGCUGUUUUGGGGGGUGUCUUCUUCCUACUUGCAGGUCUAUGCACAGUGACAGCAGUUUCAUGGUACGCUGCACGGGUGACGUAUGAAUUCUUCAAUCCCAACACACCAGUCAAUGCCAGGUACGAAUUUGGACCUGCUCUGUUUGUGGGCUGGUCAGCAGCCAGCUUGACACUUCUGGGAGGUGCCUUCCUCUCCUGUUCCUGCCCCAAGCCAGGAGAGCGGGGACAGCAGUACUACCGGCAGUCUCAGCCUUCAACAGCUAGAGAACCCACUGUAAAAAGGGGAGAGCAAUGUGUAUAAAACCUUCAGGGGGAGAGACGUGGUGCUGACCUUUCCGUUCCAAGAGACCAAAAUGACUGUAGUGAGGACCUUAAAAACUGUAUCCCAAGAUCUGUUUUCUAUAUUGGGAAACAAAGCAAAAAAUUUAAAUCAGACAUACAGAACUCAGAAUGAGAGCUACUAUUCUUGUAAUGUAAACAUUGCAUUAACUUUUUCCAUGGUACUGUUUCUGUACUGCUUGACAUGAUACUCUGAAUAAAAAGAAACAUCACUUCAUUUCUAAUGUUUUGUACUAAAAUAUGUCUUAUUAAAAUAUUUUU